AUGGUGGUUACCAAAUGGACUACUGAUCACACAGAAGGGAUUGAUUGUCCUGUGGUUCCAGUUUGGGUUAGCUGCCCUAAACUUCCCAUCUUUCUUCAUGAUCAGAGAGCCCUUUCUAUAAUAGCUUCUGCUUUAGGAAGGCCUCUUAAAGUGGAUGAAAGCACCCUCAGGUUCUCUAGACCAGAACUGGCUCGUUUUUGUGUUGAAAUUGAUGUCUCCAAGUCACCCCCUUCUAAGAUUCAUAUCAACCUGGGAGGGAAAGACAUAUUUCUCCAACUGGUGUAUGAAAAUAUUCCACAUUAUUGUUCUUCAUGUUCAAAACUGGGUCAUUUGAAAGGUCACUAUAGGAAUCAAGAGAGGGAACUCAAACAACCAGUCCAAAUCAGAGAAAACAAGGGCAAAGAGAUAAUUGGAGAAAAGUGGACUGUUAUUACCUCCAAAAGAGGUGGGUCUGAAGCUGUUUGGAAAAGAAAACUGGGUCCCUCUUCUUCUGGUCCUGGGGAAUGUUCCAAUUCAUGUGAGGCACAACAACUACAUGACAAGGACAAGGACAAGGAGACCCUAGUGCCAGUAGUACACUGUCCAGCCCCUCCAACUUCAGCUCCCACUUCUGCUCUUUUAGACCCUACACCUCCUCAGGGUCCAGAAGUUGUUCCAGACAGUGAAGGUAAUAAUAUGGCAUUGGUUUUGUGGAAACCACUGCCUAUAGCUAAAUCUAAAUUCUCACCACUCCUGCAACUUGAAGAAGAAAAUGAAAGUGAUGAAUCAGAUUAUGAAGACCUGGGAAUUAUGUAUGAUUAUCCCUGCAAUUCCAAAAGCCUCCCACCAAUUCCAGAAAAAGUUAAAGAGAUCCAGCUCAAUACCUCAAUUAAAUCCAGGCUUAGAUCAGCCAAUAAGAGCUCAAAUCACUCAGUUUCCCAAUGAAUGCUCUUUUUUGGAAUGUUUGUGGUAUCAAGUCUUCCCUCAAUAGACUUAUACUUCUCAAGAAAUGCUAUAAUUUCAUUUUCCUAGCUGUCUUUGAACCUAUUGUGGAGGAAAAAAACUGGACUUUUACAAACUCAAGCUUGGCUUCAAUCAUGGAUUUUCAAGUCAAUUUAACAAAUGUUGGAUCUUCUG